CUUCUCAAACACAGAGUACAGGUCACGGGCAUAGCUAAACCUGGAUAGAAUGAACAUAUGUAUGUAUGUGUGAAGAGAGUAACCCAUGUUCACUUUAUGGAAACCAUUAAUGUAGCCCUCCAUUGUCUUCAUGGAGUGCUAUUUCAUUUUGUCUCUAAGAAGUUACCAAAGGAAUUCUGCGGAGAAUAUUUUUAUACUUAUAUGUGAGAGAAAAUUAUAAAGAAGAGAGGAAGAUCCGACAGAGGCGAGAGACUGAGAACAGUACAAUGGACAGUGUGAAGAAAACACACCAAAUGAGGAAGAACUGCAGUUAACACAGCCUUCAUUCAACAAUAGCUUUGAGCUUAUUGAUUCUCCCAUAGAUUCCAGCCAAAUUCUGAGACUUAAGAGCUUCGAUAUUCAGCUACCCGGAACAGGCAAUCCUGGACCAAUUCAACCCCAGUCUAAGGAAUUUUGUUACCAUGGGAAAAAACUAUCAGAAAGCACUCUCAGGAGUCACAGUGGCUGCCAAGGGUUAUUUUGAUGCCUUGGUGAAACUUGGUGAGUUGGCCAGCGACAGUCAAGGAUCCAAGGAGUUGGGUGACACAUUGUUCCAGAUGGCUGAGGUUCACCGGCAGAUCCAAGUACAGCUGGAGGAGACGCUGAAGCUUUUUCACUCGGAGCUGUUAUCCCAACUGGAACACAAACUGGAACUGGAUAUCAAGUAUCUGAUGGCCACCCUGAAGAAAUACCAAGGUGAACACCGUGCCAAAGCAGAGUCCAUUGAGAAAUGUCAGGCUGAGCUGAAGAAACUGCGGAAGAAGUGCCAGAACAGCAAAAACCCACAGAAAUACGGGGAUCGUGAGGUGCAGUAUGUGGAGAUCAUGAGCACCAAACAAAGUGAUCUGGAUCGGUAUGUGGCUGAAGGCUACAAGGCAGCUCUAACAGAAGAGAGGCGCCGAUAUUCCUUCCUGGUGGAUCGUCAAUGUGCUGUUUCCAAACACUUCAGCAACUAUCACAGUAAGGUGCGGGAAUUGCUGGCCACCAAGUUGCCCAUCUGGCAAACAUCGUGCACCCAACCCACUCGCUUACCAGAGCGGGCCUUGGCCUUGGUCAAGCUCACAGCCAAUAACCUCUCCAGCGGGGCUCCUGUCCCAGGCACUGACCACCUCCCUGGCUCCAAGAUCCUGGAAGAGCUGUCAGAGCUGGGAGCAAAUCAUCGUGCUUCAGUCCAGGAGGUGACCCCACUGCCAAAUGGUGAUUCACACCGUGGGCGCGGAUCUCGGGACUUGGGCCAUCCACCAGCUGGCGAACCCUUCACCAUCACCUCUGGUCUUCCACCCACACAAACUACUCAAACCCCUCCACAAAUGAAGACUGCAGACAGUUAUGCCUGCACCCUGCCAAUGCCACGCAAGAUGUCAAUGGAGACCCGUCUUGCAACAUUGGUGGAGAACAAAACCCUGCCCCGCAUCAGUCCUCUCUCGGUCCUACCUUCCCGUUCUGAACGCCGGAGGGUCCAGGCAAUAUUCUCACAUGCGGCAGGCGAGAACAGCACCCUGCUCAACUUCCAAGAGGGAGAUGUUAUCAUUUUGUUGGUGACUGAGGCACGAGACGGCUGGCAUUAUGGGGAAAACGAGACAACCAAAAUGAAAGGCUGGUUUCCUUUCUCCUAUACUCGGCCAUUCCCUACAGCCGAAGGGGCUGACAAAACACUUGGCAGUGGUUUCCCCCUCAGCAAGAUGAACAGUAACAGCACAGGAAAUUUGGACCGAGCUGGGUCUCCAUCUGUUGGCAUGGAUGGUGGGGAUGGUCCACGGUAUGGGCCUUCACCUCGUGCCAGUGCGCCCCGCCAACGUCCUUACAGUAUGUUAAACCCUGACUUGUCACAGCUAGCAAAUGAGUUUGGGAGUCCAACAUCUUCUCCUUCAAGGAGCAACCCCUUUGCUCACAUCAAGCUGAAACGUACUGUGACCAAUGACCGCUCAGCCCCGCUCAUCCAGUGAGAGGUGCUGGAAGAGGUGGAGACAGACUGCUGCCUUCGCUUCUCUCUCUUGACCGCAGCACACCACCUUUCCCAACUAAUGAAGCGCUUACGGAUCAGAAUGGGUGGCACAGGCUGAGCCAAGUCAGGCUUGCCUCUUCGUCACCCCUACUUGUGGCCAAUGAGAGUGUUGCAGCUCCCCCAGCCUUGAACCCUGGGAAAUGGUGUACAACAAAGAGGUCGCAUGGUUUUAUUUAGUAGUGCCAAUUCGUCCAUGAGGCAGCAAGCCAACAACAGAAGGACAGAAGAAAAAAGAAUGGAAGAAGGAGCUAAGACACAGGCAAUGAAGGCAGAGGUGGGAUAGUUGGAUGAGUAGAGGCAGAAGAAAGAUGGAGAAUGUAGGACAGGAGGGCAGAUGGAAGGAAGAGGAGACUAGGAAGAUAGGAGUUCUGCUGACUUCUCAAUUACAACGUGUGUGGAAGGCAUAUCUGGGCAUUUGGAUUCAAUUCAAAAUCUUUAGAACUCAGUGGCAAGUAUCCACCAAUUUUACUAUGUGUGGAUUGCACUCUGUAUCUAGGAAUUACUCUCUCAUGUCAGUGGUUUGUAUUCCCAAGUAAAGCAUUUCAGAUAGAAAGUGAGGUGUGCUUAAGUCCAUUGAAAUCUGUGUUUUAUUGGUCCCUGGCCUUGGUGUAUCUUAAAUUCAUUUCACUUUCUUUAUUCUGGAUUCAGCCAGCCAGGGACUCACUUGAUGACCAGAGUUGUCAUAUGAUAAUCUGGUUGCAUGUAUGCAACUUCUCAUUAAGUGGGAGGAUUGUCUCUGAAGAGCAAUCUUUUUAAGGACAAUUGUCUUUGUGGGUUAAUAGGCUACCUUGAGGGAUCAUAACAUCAGGUCCCCCAAAUUGAUCCCUACAGUGUACGUCUUGGAGAUGCCAUGACUGAGGACAGAGAAAGCAAGAAUGGCUUGGGAGAGAGAAUGGAGUUUAGUGUAAACAGGAUCAAAGAAUUCUAGCAAGGGUCACACAUGAAAUAGACAUUAUAUUUGAGUCACUCAGCUACUUAAUAUGCAGAUCCAGUUCACUCAAGUUAGUAUCACUUGGCAUUUGACUCUAUGAAUUGACUCCACUGAAAAGCAUUGUAUUUGGGAGAUGUGUAAGUUCCUAUUGUUGGAAUUAUAGCCAUGUAUUCCAGUUAAUUCAUGGAAAUCCUCACUUCAUCUUGGAGUCAUCAAGUGAGAAACAUACACGUGAAGCAGCCUUGGGACAGAAUGUGUGAAUAGCCAUUAUUAAAAGGCUAAUGAUUUCAGGUGAUAUGAAAAGUGUAUUUGGUUUGCAAUGACAGUUUAGGCAUGCAUGCCAUCACUUGACAUUACCUUCAUUGAUGGUAUUCAUGUCAGCUUGUCUUCUGUGAAUGGACAAUAUGGUGGCCUUGCGGGUUGAAAAGGAGGUGAGGGUGUUUGUUGUUGUUUUGCUUUGUUUUUUGGAAUCUCUAGAAACACAGCAUUGUUGUUCAUGGACUGCUGGAUAGUCCAUGAACAAUCUUGUCUCCCCAGCUAGAUGUUGAGAUAUUUUCAUUAAAAAAAAUAGUAUCCUAACUUAAUUUCAUGAAACAGAGGACACACAUUUUCCUCAUGGUUUCAUGCUGCAAUUUAUAUUGAUUUGUAUAGUAUUUAACCAUAAUUUUAUGUAGUGGGAUACAUGACAGUCUGUAAGAAGUGUAGAGAUUUUGCCAUGGUCCCCAAAUGGCAUAAUAGAUUGGAGUCAGAAAUAACUGAUAUCAGAAUUUGUAAGUUUUGGAGGAAGAUAAGGAAGGUGACAAACUUUUAAAUAAUUGGGUUGGUUGGUUGGUUGGUUGAAUUUUAGUUGCUAGAAUGUGUAACUAAAAACAAAAACAAAAAACCCACACAGCAGUAUUCUUGUCUUGGAGGACCAAAAGGCAGGCAUAUUGGUCCAUGCCCAAGCUGAGUAAUUCAACUGUCACUUUUAUCUCAAGAAGGAAAGAUUUAUUCAUGUGUAAAGGAAAAGGCAUACUGCCCCAUUCCCUGUUCCCUUUCUCCUAAGGCAAUUAAACCUGGGUUCAAGAGUCAAUAUGCUGCCCUUGCAAGCACAGGUAUGCCAUGACAGAAUCUUUGUCCAGGCCUAAUAGUAGGGCUGGCCCUGCUUUUCAUAUACACCAUCCUGCCUUAUUUUAAGAAUUUUAUGGAGGGCUCUUCCACUUUCAACCUUUCUAUAUUUUACCACCAUUUUAUGUCUUUCUUUCAUUUUGUUUCUUUACAUGUAGAAAACCUGCUAGGGAGACAAAGGUGAAGACAGUGCAUGCUAUUUCUGGAUCAAUAACAUAAGGAGUUGUACAUUUGGAUGCACCCUAAAUGGAUUAAGUGUAGGAUCACACUAAUAUAUCCCUCUCAUCCUUUUGUUGGCUUUACUUUUUAGAGUUUUGAUUCUUCCAUACUAAAUCUGAUGGUCCCUCCUUCAACUUGUUCUGAUAUAUUCCAGAUAGCAUUAAAUAGCCUGUGAUUUCACCCCAUCCUGUGCAGUGUUUUGGCACACAGCGCCACACGCAAAACAUUCUGGCCUCUCAUCAUGGAAGCCAUCAAAGGUGUACCAACCCUUGCUGCAACAUUUGCCAUGCAGAUCCAGUUAUGUAUUAAAUUGACACUAUUAAAAUUUAGCUGCAUCAGAAAUGGGAUGUUGAAGAAACAGGUCAGUAGAAUGUGCAGAAACCACUAGAAAAACACCAUACCUUCUAACUGUUCCAAUUUGGCAUGGACACUGCUGAUUAAUUCUCAGUUGUUUCUUUUUCCAAUGCUUUUCUUUCUCCUCCUGCCACUUUCCUACAUUUCCUGUUCUCCUUCCAUUUGCCCCUUUUGUCCUCCGUUUACUUUAGUUGUUGAAAACUGGGUUCAAAGUGGAAAAAUAGUUUGCACACAAUAAACUCAGCAGAAGAGGGAGAUGAAGAGGGGGCACAGUCUUGACCUCCCCAGCAAGAUCUGACAAUGCUGAAAUGCUGUAACCUCUUCUGUCUUGUGUGUUCUUCCUCAUUACUCACUUUUGCAUCUUGAUCACACACAUUGCUUGACCGCAUGCGUCCUGACUUUUAUCUAUGAGAUGUGGGUGGGACAAUCUGUCUGGAUUCUGGACAGACAGAUAUGAAAUGCUGAUUUUUGGUGGGGAGGUAUGCAGAGUUUCAGGGUGGAAAUACAGUUGUAAACAAUCCCCAACAAAAUAGCCAAACACAGAAUGUUCAGCAGCAAAUUAUGAGUCUAAUGUGGUACAUAUCGUUAACCUCUUAAGGUGGGAAUACAUGCCUUAUUAACAGCGAGUGCUUAAUGUUACUGUACUUAGUGUGAUCCUACACACAUCUACUCAGACUCUAGGUUAGUGAGUUAGUCCCAAGUGAGUAGGUACAGGAUUGCAGCCUUAGGGCCAUACUACAAGAUAAGUGUUAUCUUUGCAUUUCCUACCCUUCAGUAGAGACAAAUUACCCCCAUCAGCAUGUUUUGUGUGUGUGUGUUCUUUGACUCUGCAUGUUUCAACUGAAACCGUUCUGUCAGGUUUUUGUAUUUUCCAAAUUUCUACCUGAAAAGACAGAAGCAGGGAUCCAAAUUGUAGAAUUUCAUACCUGAGUGAAAGUUUACAAAUUCCAUCACAGAAUGUUAAAAUGGCUAGCAGUUUUCACAUUGGUAUGCUCUGCUUACAAAAUGGGAUUCUUGAUUUACAGGAGCACAACGCUUUGUAACACCAAAUCAGAAUAUGUGUGUUUUAAAGGUUAGAGAAAUUCCACUUGAGCUGAAGCCCCCAGCAGUAUAUGAUCUGCAACCCCCAGCUGGAAAGAAUACAUCCUAGGGUGUUGUUUUUUCCCCUUGACAUAUUUCUGUGAACAUUCAAAAUUAGUAAAUGCAGGGAACCAGUUGCCAAAGUAUAAUUUACCACAUUUACCAUAGUAUGCAUGCAAAUACUUCACAAAACUGAUUGCUUGUAUUGUCUGCCUAAAUGGUGACAAAAUAAAUGAUUGAUACCAACCCUUCAUUUUAAAUUUGGUCUCACUUCUCGGUUGGGACAAUAUAAGAUAACCAGUUUAUUGAGUAUUACAUCAUGCAAAUUUCUAUUGAACGCUGAAAAUUACAGCUGUCCGUACCUUCCAUCUGGGGGUCACAGAGUCUUGUGUGUCUGCGUAUAAAAGUAUUAAUGCAUUGGGACAUAAUAUGGGACAGGUGGCCAUGGAGUUGUUGGGGAGUCUCAUUAGCUAUGUAUAUAUUUCUGUGUUAAUAUUUCCUAAUUCUAAUAUUAAUAAAGUUUAAUAUAAACCUA